AUGCCUAGACCAGCAAAGAACUUGGACUCCUUGGUGAGAGGGCGCGUGCGUGCGUCCAUGAGCAAGUACAACUUGUUCAAUCUCUACAAGAAGAGAAACCCGUUCUACUCCAACAAGUCCCAGUUCCAACAGAAGUGGAUGUCCAAGCAGGAGACCAGAGCAUACCACGGUGAGCACUUGAUCGAGUCCCGCUUCAAGAACAUUUUUGACUCGCAGCUCCAGGGUGUCGCGCAGUUGGACGCCUCGUUGGGCAACGCCAAGGACGUGCAAAGAACACCGUUAAAGUUGCAGGCGUUUGCCGCGCUCGAGAGACGCUUGGAUGUUGCAUUGUUCAGAUCCAUGUUUGCCAGCAGUGUUAGACAGGCCAGACAGUUCAUUUUGUCCGCAAGUGUCAAAGUCAACGACGUCAAAAUCGCCCACCCGUCGUACUUGUUAUCGCCAGGUGACGUGUUUUCCGUGCAGCCAGACAAGGUGAUGACCGCGUUGGGCAGAACCAAGCCAUCGUUGAAGAAAUCGCUUGCCGUAGACACCACCCAGAUCGCUAUGUGGAAUUCGUUUGUUAAGAAGGCGCGCGCUGACCCAAAAGCCGUAUGGGACCAACAACAGAAGAAGCAGCAGGAGCGCAAGGAGUUGACCAAGCACUUGGUCGAUAACAACACUGAAAGAAAACACGAUUUGGCCAUGGAAAAGAAACUUAAACAGGUCAAGGCCUUGCAGAAAGCCACCACCAAGCAGUCUGUAUUGAGGGACGUUUUGGUUGCUGCCCAGUCUGAGCUUACCGAGGCUUCUUUCAAGAAGUUUGGUGCCGAUGCCGAAAAGUGUCUCAAGAUCCACGAGAUGAUCAAGGAUCACGAAAUUGCCAAGGCUUCCGACGCCCAGGAGGCCGCGGAGACGUGGUUGGGGCAGAAGAAGGAGGCCCUCUCGGAGGCCGAAUUCACCACCUUAAGAAAGGUUGCCCAGUUGGCCAACGAGGUUGCGUUGGGGUACCAGAAGAAGCUCAGAACCGAUUUGACCAACGAGUCCAAGGAAACCGGUGCCUACGACCCUGACUGGGCUAAGGAGCUUACUAUGCACAAGAAGUUGACCAAGGAGGACGUCGUGGCCAUUCUCGAGGACGAGUCGCCGUUGGAAAAGUUGAAGGAGUUUCCAGUUUCCUUGCACUUCCAGAAGAACCACUUCGGGCUUGCAGACCCGAAGAAGCCGUUCUUUACCCCGUGGGCCCCAAGACAGUUUUUGGCGCCGUUUGCCAUCCACCCUCACCACAUUGAGAUCGACUGGACCACCUGCCAUGCCGUCUAUUUAAGAGACCCUGUUGCCAGACCGGGCCACUCCGAGGUCAUCACUCCGUUCGGUGAGGAUAUUCAUGAGAGAGCCUACAUGUACUACGCCAGAAAGGGGUUGUAA